AUGCCGUCCCGUGUGAAUUUCUUCCUCAUUAUCAUCUUCUCUGUUGCUGUUGCUAUCUGUGCAAUUUUCUUCUACACUACUACUAAUGAUCAGGUGAACAGCCCAGUUGAAGAUUCUGGUAUUUUUGAGGAAGUCUUCCAGUGCCCAGAUGUCUUCUUGAGAAAUUACGCUCUAAUGGAGAAGGGUUUCAAAAUCUUCAUGUACCCAAACAAAGAUGCUGACGCUUUUUUUUUCAAUGACGAGCACAUUCACAGGGGGUUUUCUACUGAAGUGUUCUUCAGCCGCCGUCUCAUGUUCUCGGAAAGAUUUAUUACAAAUGAUCCCACUCAGGCUCAUAUGUUUUUCAUUCCAAUUACUUGGUUACAACUUGAGGGAACGGGAAUUUUUGCUAAUGCUGAUGAUUAUGUUGGGCGUAUAAUUAACGAGUACCCUCACUGGAAUCGGAGUAAAGGUGUUGAUCACUUUCUUGUGACUUGCUGUUACGCUGGAGCAAUGUUCACGGAAAGCGUUCCAUUGAAUAAUUCAAUAAGACUCUCGUGUUCCGCAAGAAAUGAUGACUUACACCACAAGCACCACCUUAUAAGCAUCCCCAGAUGA